AUGAAGCAACGUUUUAAUGCACUAGACAUUCGGGCAACCGUCACUAAUUUGAAAGAACGCUUGACGAAUCUGCGAUUGCAGAACAUUUACGACGUGAAUGCCAAAACAUUCUUGCUUAAAUUCGCCAAGCCUGAUGACAAAGAACUAGUCUUGAUCGAGUCUGGUACACGUAUUCAUAGCACUCAGUAUAGCCGAGAGAAACAGGUGACACCAUCAGCUUUCUGCGCCAAGCUACGUAAAUACCUACGAACACGCAGAGUAACGAAUAUUCGACAGUUGGGUGUGGAUCGUAUUGUGGAUUUUGAGUUUGCUGGUGGCGAAAAGAGUUUUGGUUAUCAUAUCAUUGCCGAAUUCUAUGCUUCGGGCAAUAUCAUUUUUACCGAUGACAAGUACAAGAUUAUAGCAUUGCUGCGUGUAGUUAAUACUGAAGAUACCAAAAUGGCAGUGGGCGAAACGUAUGAUGUUCAGCUGGCCGUGACAGAUUUCACAAAGCUAGAAACGGAUAAACUACAACAAGUACUUCGUAACGCAGGACCAAAGGAUACGUUGAAAAAAGUGUUAAAUAUCGCUUAUGAAUACGGUCCGGCCAUGAUUGAGCAUAUCAUUCUGAAAGCCGGCCUCAGUCCGAAUAUGAAACCAGCAACCGAAUUUGACAGCUCGAUAGACUCGCCUAUGAUGCAGGAUUUGAUCAAGGCAUUCGCUGAAGGUGACGAAAUGGUCGAAUCGACCAAGAACAAUGUCCCAAGGGGCUAUAUUAUCCUAUUAGAAGAUAAAAAGGCGCCAGCAAAGGAAGGAGAGGAGGACGACAAUCGGAUAGAGAUCUAUGAUGAAUUCCAUCCCUAUCUAUACAAACAGCAUGAAUCUCGGCCAUACAAGGAAUUCAACACGUUCGAUUCGGCCGUUGAUGAAUUUUUCUCGGCUAUUGAGGCUCAAAAAAUCGAGCUGAAAGCAAGAAAUCAGGAAGAAGCUGCUAUAAAGAAAUUAGAAGCUGUACGAAAGGAACAGGAAAAUCGAGUUCGAAUGCUGGUUGACCAACAAACAACGAACGUACGCAAGGCUCAACUGAUUGAACUCAAUUUGGACAUGGUGGAAGCAGCCAUUACAAUUAUCCGUAACGCUGUUGCAAGCCAAAUGGAUUGGCAGGAUCUUAACGAGUUGGUCAAAGAAGAGAAAAAGCGAGGCAAUCCAAUUGCUGAUAUCAUUGGCUCACUGAAGCUACAAACAAACCAAAUUACGCUUCUAUUAUCGGAACCUGACGGUUACGAAUCAGAAGAGGACAGUUCAGACGAAGAUACCGACAGUGAGGAGGAGGACGAAGAAUGGCCAAAGGGACCUGUCAAGGUGGACGUAGAAAUCGGGCUGACAGCAUUUGCCAAUGCUCGCAAGUACUAUGAUCAGAAGCGAAGCACAGCAACCAAGCACGAAAAGACGAUCAAGGCUUCUUCCAAAGCAAUGAAGUCUGCUGAACGUAAGAUCCGCAAAGAUCUCAAGGAAACCAAGAUCACAACGACAAUCAACAAAAUACGCAAGCCUUUCUGGUUUGAAAAGUUUUUGUGGUUUAUCUCGACCGAAGGCCAUUUGGUUAUUGCUGGUCGAGAUAUGCAACAGAACGAGAUACUCGUUAAGCGAUACCUGCACAAAGAUGAUGUGUAUGUUCACGCUGAUCUCCAUGGUGCUGCAUCGGUUGUUGUCAAGAACAAGCCCGAGAAUGCUGGCAACCCCAUCCCACCCAGCACAUUGUUCCAGGCUGGCAUCAUGUCUGUAUGCCAAAGUAAGGCGUGGGAUGCAAAGAUUGUCACGAGUGCAUACUGGGUUCAUGCGGAUCAGGUCUCGAAAUCAGCUCCCACGGGCGAAUACUUGACAACCGGUAGCUUUAUGAUCAGAGGCAAAAAGAACUUUUUGCCACCUGUUCAGUUGGUAUAUGGCUUUGGCUAUCUUUUCAAGCUGGAUGAAUCCUCCAUUGGUAACCAUGUCAGUGAGAAACGACAAGAGGAGCAAGAUGAGAAUGAGGACGUGUCAAAUGGGGACGGCUUGCAGGCAGUAGGUGAUGAAGCUGUUACUCCAGCAAGAUCCAUCAACGAAAGUUUGACCGAGGAAACCUCAGACAGCGUAAAAGAAGAGACAACAGCGGACAGACAGAGUGGGGAUGAUGACGCUUCCUCGGAUAGUAGCAGCAGUGAAGACGAAGAUGAAGCCUUCCCAGAUACCCAGCUUGCUCCGACCACAACCACAACAACUGACGCUACUGCCGCAGCUGGAACAUCCACUUCGGCUACACAAAAAGGUCCUGAAUGGAAUAAGUACGACUUGGAUGAAUAUGGCGCAAACGAAGAUGCAGACGCGCUGCCAUCAUUUGCACAGCCAUCCAAACAAGUUGGCAACAACAAAGCGGGCAAGCAAGCUAUUAGUGCAAAGGAACGGCGUCAAUUGAAAAAGGGCAAGGCUGGUAACGAAUCCGCUACACAAACGAAAUCAAAUAAGGCAUCUACAUCCAAAGAGCCUGUUCCCGCGCCUCAAACUCAGGCACGUGGAAAACGUGGCAAGGCCAAGAAAAUCAAACAAAAAUAUGGUGAUCAAGAUGAAGAGGAACGCAAGCUACGGAUGGAACUGCUGGGUUCCAACAAAGGACCGCAACCAAAGGGUAAAAAGGCGAAGAAGGAAGCCCAAGCCAAAGCCGAAAAGCUGGCAAGAGAAAAGGAGCGCGAAGAACAAUGGGCUGCCGCAGAAGCCGCACGAGCGGCUGAAGCAGCUAACGCACAAGUUGAUGAGGCUGGCAUUGACAAUGUAGACGAGAUUGCAGCUGACGAAGGCGAAGAUAAAGAAACCAUUCGACAGAUGCUGAAGGAGGAGAAUAUCACAAUGUUGGAAGCAGAUGAAGCAGCAAAUCUGUCCAUUUUGGAUUCAGUAACUCCCAAUCCAUUACCCGAAGACAUCAUCCACUUUGCAGUUCCUGUGUGCGCCCCAUACACCGCACUUCAGAAAUACAAAUACAAGGUCAAAUUGACUCCCGGUUCUUUGAAACGUGGCAAAGGGCUCAAGCAGGCACAUUCAGUGUUUUUGAACUUGACUGAUUCCACAGCGCGCGAAAAGGAGUUGAUCAAGUCUGUUCCUGAUAUGGAAGCUAUCAAUGCAAUGAUGAGCAAAGUCAAAGUCUCUGCACCGAACUUGGAAGCAAGCAAGCGUAAAAAGGGCAAAAAAUAG